AAUAUAAAAAAAAGUCCGUAAAAAAAGCGCGUUAAAUAUCGCACAAUAUCAUGAAAAGUAACACUAAUAACCCAACAGAACAAUUUUUUUUAGUUAGCUUUACACAUGGCACUAAAAACAAUACUAAUUACUCUGAAUACCUUACGUUUCAUGUUUCGAGGAUUUUUAACUUCCAAAGCAAUCAGUUGGGUGCACAUAUAACCAUUCCGUAGAUUAGUUCUUAUGAAGCUGAAAACACAGGGAGGAAGCUGGGCGUCACCGUCACCAUGACAACGGUACACAACAGAGCGACACAUUGUAACAUUCCAGUGCGCAGAGACAACGAAGUUGGGCAACCUUUACUGCAAUAACUUCAAAACUACAAUACAGAUUUGAAGUGCUGGAAACAGGUGACUGACAAGCAACCAUGAGUGAGGAAAUCAAGUUUAUAGUGGGUGAGCUGAACAAGCCGCCCUACAGUCGCAACUACAACCUCAUCUCCUUUGACAGCCUGAAUGCAGAGUCUUUGCUGCAGGUUCUCAAUGAUGUAUUCGCUGAGAUUGACUCCAAGAACAAGUUGGACAUUCGGGAGGAGGAGCCAGAGCAGAUGGCCGUCAGGAUGCUGGGGAUGCUGCGGAUUCUCAAGUACAAACCUCCAGAUGAAGCAAUGAACAAUUUCCGUCAAGGGUUGGUAUCUGGGGACAAGCACGUCAUCUACCCCAUCCUGAUGUGGCUGCUGCAGAGGAUGGACGAGCUGAAGAAGAGAGCAUACCUGGCCAAGUACCUCGUGAAGCUAGAUGUUCCUGCGGAGAUGCUUGGUGAUGCAGACGUGGCUGAUGUGCAUGCUAAGUACGAGGAACUCAUUGACCAGUUCAAGAAUGUGCACCGGGAGUAUGAGGCACUGCGGACAAGUGGGUUCUCUACGGCAGAACUGCGGCGGGACAUCACAGCCAUGGAGGAGGAGCGGGACCUGGUGUUGCGCAGGAUUGAGAGGAUGAAGCAGAAGGUUGAAGGAACCCCAAACAAUGAUGCUAUGUUGAUAUCAGCACGAGGUUUGCGACAGGAGAGGGAGAAACAGAAGGAGAUGGUCCAACAGAAAGCCAACCUUCAGGCAGCCAGUCAGUUGCUGGAGCAGAGAAUAUCCCGUCUGCAGGCACAGCUCAAGGACAUCCGCAAGGCUGGCAUAGGCACCACUCCUGAAGGGUUGCUGCAGAGGCUUGAGGAGGACAUGAACGUGAACAGCUAUAUAGUGAAGGAGAAGCUGCCCAAGGAGGUGGCAAUGAGGCAGCGGCUGGUGGAGACCCUGCAGCGUGUGGCAGCUCAGCCAGCCAUGGGGCAGCAGGAGAUAGACCAAGUUAACAAACAGAUUCAGUUCCUGACCAGUGAAAUCAACAACUUGAAUGAAGCACGCAUGAAGGAGGUGGAGGAGGAUGAGAGUCCAGAGAGCAAGGUUGGGAAGCUGUCAUUUUUCCGUCAGAAUGCUGCCAUCAUCAACAGGAAGAAGGAGCAGACGGCUGAGAAGCUGAAUGAGCUGCGUGGUGAAAUAACAAAUUAUCGGGAGGAUAUGAGGGAAAAACAAGAGCAGCUGAAGCAGUUUUCUGGAGAGCAGGUGUUGCGUGGAGAGGAGUUCAAGCGGUACGUCAACAAGCUGCGCGGCAAGAGCUCUGUGUACAAGAUGAAGCGUGCCGAGCUGAGUGACCUGCGGGCUGAGUAUGGCAUCCUCAGCAGGACUGAGGAGAUACUCAAGGCCAAGGAUGCACAGUUGCUGGAGCAGCUGAAUGCAAUGGAGGCUAAGAUGGGAGUGUCAGGUUUCCAUGAAGCUCAGGAGAGCAUGGAGAAGGUGUCCUCCAUGAAGGCCACCAUUGAUAUCCGGAAGGGAGAGACUCUGGAGGAGAUGUCCAGCAUGGUGAUGGAGCUGAACAGGAAGAUUGCCGAGAGGAAGGCACAUUUAGCUCCCAUCAUCAAGGAGCUUCGCCCACUGAGGCAAAAGAUGCAGGACCUGACUGUGGACUACAAUGAGAAGAAGCACUCCUAUGACUCUGUGGCAGCUGGACUGGACUCUAACAUGGCUAAACUGGAACAAGAAGUCAAGGGUCUGCGAGAUGAAAUAAUAAAGUCAGAGACUCAAUUCCAACUGCAGACAGCUGAGAAGGAAAUCAUGAGCUUCAAGCAGCAACAAGCGAGUGAUGAGAUCAAGCUGUACCUCUCCAAUGAUCCCCAAGACAAAAAGAAAUCCCUAAGGGAGCAGCUGGUGACCAAUAUAGCAGAGCAGGAACGACUUGGGCGUCUCCUGCGGGAGGAUCAAAAGGCAGCAAAGGACCUGGUCCAGACAUCUGCCAAGCAGCUUGGGAUGUGGCGGGAUGUUGUUAAACUCCUGGAGGUGAAGAAGAAGUGUCUGGAGGCGGCUCGGAAUGGCAUGGGAGUGAUGACCAGGAGCAUUGGUGGGGAGGCCUUGGUACUGACGUAAGCUGGCCACUGGUGCUUUGAAGGGUGCUCAUCUAUACUGCUGUUGGCCAACCUUCUUGCUAACCUGAAAAUUGGAGAAAAAAAGAGGACGUAAACUUCAGGAGCCUAUUAUGACCUAUUAGAUGUGACAGUAAUGUGAUAUUUUCAAUUUCCUUGAACUCAAUAGCCAUUUUCACUGUCAGGAACACCAAGGAGGGAUUCCAAACAUUUUAUAUCGUACAGUGUUAGUUUCAAUGUAGGUAAAUAUGUAAUGUCCAUUGCUUUGAUCUACACUGAGUUCCUGAGUCUAUACUGAGGCUUUUCUUGUUCUUGUUCCUGUAUGGGUUAGUUCUUGCAUGGAUGAUUUUAUUCUUCUAGCAAAGUUUAAUAGUGUAUAUCAUAAAGGUGUAAAGGUGUUUUCCUGAUUAACA